GUCAUCAUCAUCCGAAACAUCUCAUCAUCAUCAUCAUCCUUCUCUGUCUGUUUUUUUCCAAGGUCUGCGUAUUUUCUCUCUCUUUUCUCUCCAAACAUUCUCAUCAAAAAACCUUGAUUUAUCUUAAAUUUUACUUUUUCUCUCUCUUUCUCUCUCUUUCUGUUAACCAGCGAAAGCCCUGAAACUCUCACUCUUUCAUUUACUUUUGAUCAACUAUAUUUUUUUCUGACCCAUCGCAAUUAAAUCAAAUUUAAAUGUUUAAUAUUGUAUUUAUAUUUUGGUGAAUUUGUAUUUCUCUGUCUGUCUGUCUGUUUGCCUGUCUGUCUGUUCCUUCUCUCUCUAUUUUUUUCUCUCUCUCCCUCUCUCUCUCCUUCUCUCUCUCUCUCUGUUUUUCUCUUCACACCAUACAUUUUCGGUGUGUAUUGGGAAAAUACGAAAAUAUAUUUAUUCAUCUAUAGUAUUUACAUGAUAUUAUGGCAGAAUGGACUUUAGAUUUUGAAGAGCCAUUUCGUGAAGAGCCGUUUCGUGCUCGAAGUCAUACAUGGCCUCUUCCACCGACCAGUUUAUCAAUCAAAUCCGAUGAUUUACCGGAUAGUAACAAUAAUAACAACAUCACUUUAGGUAGUGAAGUGUCCAGCCAGGAGCUCAAACCCAAUGGAAAUAAUAGUGGACAUAAGAAAAAUUCAUCUCGACGCAAUGCUUGGGGUAACAUGUCUUAUGCUGACCUGAUUACCCAAGCUAUACAAAGUUCAUCAGAAAAGAGGUUAACCCUAUCACAAAUUUACGAUUGGAUGGUACAAAAUGUACCAUAUUUUAAAGAUAAAGGCGAUUCAAAUUCUUCCGCUGGUUGGAAGAACUCGAUUCGACACAAUUUGUCUCUUCAUAAUCGAUUCAAACGAGUACAAAACGAGGGAACCGGAAAAAGCUCUUGGUGGGUGAUUAAUCCGGAAGCUAAACCUGGUAAGGCUGCGAGACGACGAGCAACCAGCAUGGAAACACAGAAGUACGAAAAGAAACGAGGUCGAGUCAAAAAGAAGGUCGAAGCUCUUCGCAAUGGUACCAUUCUUGAUGAUAAACCAUCUCCCGGUUCAUCUGUAUCAGAAGGUUUAGAUAUGUUUCCAGAAUCACCAUUACACCAUGGUUUCCAGUUGAGCCCCGAUUUUCGACCUCGAGCAUCCUCAAAUGCCAGCUCUUGUGGUAGACUUUCUCCUAUAAUUAUUGAAUCAGAUUUACAUGAUGAUCACGAUAAUCCUUCCUUGUCUCCUAUUUCAUCAUGGAAUUCUGAUUUACGUUUGUAUAAUACUAAUGAUGGGCAAGAUACAAUUACAGAGAAAUUGGUUGAAAUGGCUAAUACAAUGAAGCUUGGUGGUCCUAGUUAUAGUAAAAACAGUCCUAAUUCACCUCAAUCUCAAACGCAGCAGCAAUCACAACAAUCCCAGCCACAACUUCAUCAUCAACAAAGUGGUUCAUCACCAUCAGAUAACAACACCGUCAAUUCAGUGACCAAAUCAUACACUAAUCUGAAUACUUUUGGUGGUCAAGGAUCAAAUGUUACUUAUUCAACUACCUCCAUCUCCUGCAACUCGCUCAAUCCAUCAACUGAUGGUUUAAAUGCCAAUCAACUCGGAAGUGGGUCAAAUUCGAUGAAUUGUAAUUCUUCGGACUCUUUUUUCCCUAAUUCGAUAGAUGAUAAUAUAACACUGACAACGCUAAACACUAUCAACACUUCACGAAGUCCAAACAAAUCGAUCAAUUCAGGGGCAACUUUUGGCGCCAAUCAAAACAGUGCCAACAGCUCAUACAGCUCCUCGAAUAUGUCUCCUUCUUUAUCACCCAGUCAAUCAAUGGAUUUACUUUCCAGUUCGAGUCAAAUUAACAGUUCAUUAAAUAAUAAUUUUAGCACAAAGGAUAAUCAGUCACAACAAAAUCAACAGCAAUCGUCAAGCAAUCGUCUUAAUCAAAUCACUUCACAAAAUAGAGGUCUCGAUAAUUCAUCAAUCCGACGAUAUAAUAAUUCCAAAUUAUUAGGUUCGCUAUCACUCAACUCCAACGGUUCACCUCUUUCAUUAUCAUCUCUUGGGACCACAGCGUCUCAAGUAAUGGGACAUAUUUUAUCGUUUAACAACCCAUUGCCAAAUGAUUUGGAUUUAAAUAUGGAUUCUUUACAAGGAGGUUUAGAGUGUGAUGUUGACCAAGUUAUAAGGCAUGAAUUGAGUGUCGAAGGAAAUCUUGAUUUCAACUUUGAAUCAAUGCAAGCCUCCAAUGUUGCCCCGAUCCGGUCUGAUCGACCAAGUUUGGUUGAUCAUUUUCAUUUCGACCCAUGAUCCACCCAUUAGUCCGAUUGAUCAGAUCGGAUCGGUUUAUUAGUGGCUAAAAGUUGUGCGUUUAUGAUUACCAACGUGUUAGUUUUGUAUGACUAUUUUACAAUAAUUGUUUGUGUUGUCUCACAAUUUGUGUUGAAUUUUAAUUGUACUCUAAUUUUAUAUCUGUAAACUUCAAUCAAAAUUCAUGCUUCUGACCCUGUAAAACUGUGUUAAUUUCUCGAUCCAAGAAACGAUCUCGAUCAAAGCGACGAUUCAUUGAUCGUUUUUUUUAAUCGAUUACUCAUUCGAUCAUGAUCACUAUUGUUCGAUCGCUUAAAGGAACGAUGAUCGUCAAACCUCACAACAACCAUCAAGCCUCUGAUGAUGAAUCCAUUCAAGGACUAAAUGGAACUUCUCGCUCCAGCCAAAUGUCAACAUUUAUUGAUUGUACCAUUGUUUCAGUUAGACAUCACCAAAACACCCAAAACGCCUUACAGUCACCCCACAGGAACUGCACAUGGAAAUGGCCUAUUUUAACUGUUGAUCGGUCAGAUCAAUUUCAUCAUUUAUCAUUCUUGCCUAAUAGUCUUAUAAUUAACGUAAAUUAUCACCACACAAACCAGUUUUAUGAGUUUUUCUGGUUAACAUUUUUACGAACAGAGAUCAAAUUUAAAGUUCGUUAACCAUUACAUUAAAUUGAAAUUAAAUUUAUUUAAUUUUUAAACCCUGCCUUGAAAGGGACCAUUGAAAGAAAACUAUUUUCUGUUUCCGAACGGUCCAGUUUUUAAAGGGUGACUGUACAACAAAAGCUUUCUGAUCUACAAACCAAGGUUACUAGAUCAGGAAGAAAAGUCUAUUUUUAAAAAAAUGUUAAAUUAAAUGGGUAUCAAAAAUCAAAACAAAAAAAUAUUAUUUACGGUUGAAAUUGACAAUUAAAUGGGAUGAGAUUCAGAAUAUUAUCAGAUUACAGUAAAAACCCUUAAAAUGUACAGCCUAUUACUAUAACAUUGCCUAGUGAAAUUAUGUGAACAAGCAUUUCAAUGUAAUAUUUUAAAUUUUGUUUAAUUGCUUAACAAUGGUUUUAAUUUUAUUGAAAAUUCCCUAAGCCUUCUAAUUAAUAUUUCA